AUGCAAAGUGAUAACAAUAACAGACUUGAUCCAAAAACUACCACCACAACCGCAUCUGCCUCUAUUUUAGGGGAGAACAAUAACGACACCAAUAAUAAUGAUCAUCAACAAGUCAUGCAGCUUUCCAACACUGCUGAUACUCAGGAGUCUACAACUACCGACAUUUUAAUCAAUAAUGAAAAUACCACCACCACAUCUACUUAUCUUCCAAAGGAUGAUAACAACAACGACAACGACAAAAAAAGACAUGGGACUAAAAGUGCAGAAGAAAAAAUGAGCACAGGUAGAAAUGCAUGCGGUGGUAUUCUUUGUGAAGCUUUCCGACUCAAAGACUCUGCCGUUCAUUUCAACAAUCAAUCUUCAAAAGAAGGAAAGCAAGCAAAUAAUGUAAUGGUUGAAGGAUUAUGUAUUGAUUGUAAAGAUCAGGAAGCUUCGGUAUAUUGCGAAAAUUGCUCAGAAGAUUUUUGUGAAAUGUGUUAUGCAAUGCUUCAUCGUACCGGGAAUCGUCGUAAUCAUAAAACUAAAAAUUUGAAACAUCUCAAUAAUAAUGGCCCAGAAAAUAAUCUACAACAACAAUCUCACCAAAAUGCAAACUUAUCAGAUGAUAAAGACGGUGGACUUAAAGCUACAUCUACUAUAAUUUCAAGUGGAGGUUCAACUUUUGGUCAAUGGCUUGAAGAACAGUAUACAGAUAAAAUCGACAUCAUAUCUUAUAAUUCAAGCAAAUCACGAAGAAUUCUUCAUCAAAUUAAAGAUUUAUGUGCUAUUUUAUCUGGUUUAAUGGUAGCAAGAAAACAAACAUUGUCGCUUUGGAGUGAGAUACAAUAUGAAAUGUUUAAGCUUUGGACAUUGGCAGAUCGUGAUUUAUUAUCGGAAAAUAAUACAUAUAGAUUGAGAGAUACAGGACAAGGGUUAAACAGAUUACAAUCAUGUCCAUCCGUUUCUCGAACGAUGCACUCAAUCUUACAUCUUGCUCAACAAAAAUCAGGUUAUUGGGUAGGAAGUUCGGUUAUUCAUCUUGGAGAUAAAAAUGUUCCCAAUGCUCUCAUGUUCAUUGAUAAAUAUAAUCAAAUUUCACGUAUAUUGACACCAAUAUUGAUAUGUCUAGACAGUAUAUCAACGCUAGUUCAAAAGAAUACUGGGAUUCGAGCAUAUAUACAAAAUAGUUUUUCAGAUGUGGAAAAUUGUAAGAAAACAAUUCUUGCAGAUUUCUUUCGGUAUGCAUUUGAUGGUAGUGGAGCAGAUAAUUUUUUUGAUGCUGGAAGUUGUAUUGAUGGUAGAUUGACUAGUGCGUGGAAUUGGUGUUCACAAAUUGAAAAGAAGACCUAUUUCCCUGUAUUUUUGUUAACUGGAUUUGUUGGAUUUGAUGGAGAGAACUUUUAA